AUGGCCCCCAAGAAGAAGGAAGAGCCGAAAGCCGCCGCGGCCCCUCCACCGCCACCACCGAAACCCGUGGAGCCGGAGAGACCCAAGACACCUGUGUUUGACCCGGCAGCCGUCACGUUGGAGUUCACCCCAGAUCAGAUUGAAGAUUUUAAAGACGCCUUCCAGCUCUUCGACCGGACGCCCAAAAACGAGAUGAAGAUCACGUAUGAGCAGUGUGGAGACCUGAUCCGAGCCCUGGGCCAGAACCCCACCAACGCAGAGAUCAUGCACGUGCUGGGCAAGCCUCAGCCCGAGGACAUGCAGAGUAAGAUGCUGGACUUUGACCAGUUCCUGCCCAUGCACCAGCACAUCUGUAAGGGCAAGGACCGCGGCACCUACGAGGACUUUGUGGAGGGGCUCAGGGUGUUCGACAAGGAGGGCAACGGCACCGUGAUGGGGGCCGAGCUCAGGCACGUGCUCGCCACUCUGGGAGAGAAGAUGCGAGAGGACGAGGUGGAGAUGCUGAUGCAGAACCAAGAAGAUGGAAACGGAUGCAUCAACUACGAAGCUUUUGUCAAAUACAUCAUGGCCACAUAA